AUGCCGGUGCCAGCGUCUGUCGAAAUUGGCGCCGAUGGGAAAGUGCGCCGUGGGAACGCUCACCGUUCGGCCCGAGCGGGAGGCGUGAGCUCUCCAAUGACCGGCGCUGCCAACGACAGUGUGAUGCACCGUGCGGAAGGCAUUCCGAUGCUGAGCUACAGCCCCGCUUCGGCAUCUCUGCGCCAAAACUCGACGGCGCCAUUUGUCAGGCGUAGAGCAGCGCAGCGCAGCGCAACGCAGCGCCACGCAAGGGCCAACGGCGCGCACCACGCAGCAGCAGCAGCACCUCAACCGUCGGAAUCUGCUCAGCCGCUCGGUACCGUUUAUAGCACGCGCCCAAUCACCAUGCUGUGA